CCUUACUAGCUUCCAAAGGCCUCCAUAGUAGUCCGUAGUACACAGUACGAGUCCCGAGUCCAAACGUUUCUUUUCCCACUACGUAUCGCAGCUCUGAAAAAGAGAUACACGCAGGCACACACCCAGAGAUAAAAAGGUGUAAAUUCUUUCAAGAUUUUCAAUUGGGAUAUCAAUGGCAAACCUUCCAGAAUCGCUGUUUUUCUCAGAUCCAAGACCGUCAUCGUCAUCGUUCGGAGCGGGUCCUAGCACGUCCGGAGCCAACACUUACAAAACUUCUGAUCAUGAUCAAGGUGACCCCUCAAGAGCCAAAAUAUUGCAUUUGAUUCUUGACCUUAAUGAUUAUCGUACACGAGAGCGCGCUCUUUACCUCCUAGACAAGAGUAGGGGAUCAAUUCGUGAAGAUUUACCUCUAUUGUUAUGGAAUUCUUUCGGUACGAUAUACUCGCUCUUAAAGGAAAUACUCGAUGUAUACCGCUUAAUAUCAGCCCAAAACCUAACACAAAGAGCAUCGAAUCGUGUAUGCUGUGCUCUUGCUCUAUUUCAGUGCGUAGCUUCUCACCGAGAUACAAGGAUGCGGUUUAUCAAGGCUAGAAUUCCAUCGUAUCUAUUCCCUCUACUUAACAUUGAGAACAAGGAAAGGCCAUAUGAACAUCUAAGGCUUACCAGCUUAGGUGUUAUCGGUUCCUUAGUGAAGGCUGGUGAUGCAGAAGCUGUUAGUUACCUUCUAGAAAAUGAAAUAUUUAUUUAUUGCCUUCGCUGCAUGGAGGUGGGCGGUGAAUUGUCAAAAACAGUUGCCACAUAUAUUGUUCAAAGAAUUAUUAUAAACGAGGAGGGGUUGAGGUAUUGCUGUGCUUUUGCACAACGGUUUUAUACUUUGAGUCGUGCUUUGGGGAACAUGUUGGAAUGUCGUGCUGAGCUACCCGGAAAACGGCUGCUAAAAUAUAUUAUCUAUUGUUAUCUGAGGCUCUCACAUAAUCCAAGGGCACGUGAUGGUUUGAGAACUUGCCUUCCCGCCAGCUUAAGAGAUCCCGACAUCAUCAACCUCCUCCGUGAUGACCCAACAACCGUCGGGUUUCUGCAACAAUUACUUUACAACGUCUCCAUGGGACACCAAUAUACUGUUAUAUAAGAGUUAUACGUAGGAGGCUAAACAGAACAAACACAACUCUGGAAUCCAAGCUUUCCCAGCACAAGUAAAAUUAGCAUGUAUUCUCUGUAGAAAAAGAGCGUUUUUGUACUUUUUUUUCUUAGCACUUGGAUGGACGAAAAUGUCUUCCAAUAUUUGGUCUAGAUAGAUGAAUGUCAUUUGAUUGCCCUUGUUGUAAUUGGGUAUCUGACAAAAACGCCAUUCAAAUAUGAUCCUGACAUGCUUUUUAAGGUUGGCUUCUAUAGACAGUUCGUUUAAUUUUA